AUGGUUCAGUGGCCUAUACCUGAUUCUGUCAAGGCUUUGAGAGGGUUUUUAGGGCUGACUGGAUACUAUAGGAAAUUCAUUAAGGGGUAUAGGGCCAUUGCCAAACCUUUGACUGAUCUCCUAAAAAAAGAUUCCUUCCAUUGGAAUGAUAAGGCCUUGGAAGCUUUUACAAAGCUAAAGGAGGCUGUGACUCAGCCCCCUGUGCUAGCUCUCCCAGAUUUUUCUAGGCCAUUCAUCAUUGAGUGUGACGCUUUAGGGAAGGGUUUGGGAGCUGUGUUAAUGCAGGAUCAGAGACCAAUAGCUUUCCACAGUCAAGCCUUGAAAAAUAAAUACCUUCAUUUAUCUACUUAUGAAACCGAGUUAAUGGCUCUAGCUUCUGCAGUUAAAAAAUGGAGGUCUUACUUGUUGGGUAGGCCUUUUGUGGUGAAGACUGAUCAUCAAAGCCUUAAGUUCUUGUUGGAACAGAGGAUUGCUACACCAUCUCAACAGAAGUGGCUUGCCAAACUCUUGGGAUAUGCCUUUGUGGUGGAAUAUAAAAAAGGGUGUGAUAAUAGGGUGGCAGAUGCCUUAUCACGAACUUUUGGAUCUGCUCCUGAUCUGUCUACUUCUCUUUCUGCUUCUAUUUCUGAUUCCAAAGCAAGUUGCCUAAUGCUUUUGACAGUCCCUGAUCCUACUUGGUUGAAGGUGUUGCAAGAUAGUUAUUCUUUGGAUGAAUCUGUCCAACAGCUUAUUGCUGCUGUCCAGGCAGGGACUCCACCUAAGGAUGGGCAGACGGAGAUAGUGAACAAAUGCUUGGAACAAUACUUGAGGGCUUUUACCAGUGAUAGACCUCAUCAGUGGGCUUCUUGGUUACCCUUGGCAGAAUUCUGGUUUAACUCAUCCUUCCACACCAGUUUGAAGCUAACUCCUUUUGAGGCUUUGUAUGGUUUUCCUCCCCCUAAGCUUCACAGUUAUGUUCCUAGCACGACUAGAGUGUCUGCUCUAGAUUCCUUGCUAAGUCAAAGGCAGGAUGUUCUGCACAUCUUAAGAGAUCAUUUGGCUGUUGCUCAAGGCAGGAUGAAGACACAAGCAGAUAAACAUAGGCAAGAGAGGUCCUUUGCAGUAGGGGAUUGGGUUUUCCUCAGGUUGCAACCCUACAGCCAGCAGUCAUUGGCUUACAAAGGAAAGUGGAAGUUGUCUCCAAGAUACUUUGGACCAUUUAAGGUGCUGAAGAGAAUUGGGACUGUGUCUUACAAGUUGGAACUGCCCCCAGAAUCAAAGCUCCACCCUGUGUUCCAUGUGUCGUGUUUGAAGUUGAAAUUGGGCCAACAUGUCACACCCUUACCUACCUUGCCUCUAGCAGAUGAUUCAGGGCAAGUGUAUACGGAACCUGUUGCAAUUCUGUAG